GGUCGCAGGCGUUACUUGUGUGUGUGUGUGUGUGUCGCUGUACUACAUCACAGUGACGUCCUGUGCGGUCAUUCACGCCACAGACGCCCUAACUGUUAAAAUCCAACAAUCAGCUGUGAUCACACCCGCUGUAUGUGACAGCUUUUAGGCUGCGCGAGAGAGAGAGAGACACGAGAAGAGAACGAGAAACGGCAUCAUCACCACCGCCAUCAUCAUCAUCUUCACCAUCAUCAUGCAGCGGAGCAGUGCAGUGGUGGUGGUGGCGGAUAAAACCACCAUGAAAAGGCCGUUUAUCUUUGCAAACGCUAUGCAUAUGGCGCUGUGCUCCUUCAUGCUGACGAUGACGGUCGCUUGGCACCGAGACCUGGUACAAACUGGCAAACUGGUGUCCAAUGUCUCCGUGGUAUUAAUGUACGUCAUAGAGAUCGGCUGCCUGCUGCUCUCAGUGCUCGGUGUGUUUGGAGCUUGUAAAGGAAAAAGAUGGUGCUUAAUUCUGUAUGCGACUGGGAUGGCGGCAGCCAGUCAAACAAUCAUCGUUAGGACGGCGCUAAGUUACCAAGAAAUUUACGAGAAACGUGUGAUACGUGAAGAGUCCAAGCUGCGGGCCAUGAUGCCGCUCACUGGAACCAGCAAAGCCAACAGGACCCUGUUGUACAGUAUUCAAGAAGAAUUCGAGUGCUGCGGUCUUAUUGACGGCUAUAAAGACUGGGGCUCUUUCAUCCCUGCCUCCUGUAACUGUCAGUAUCCAGGGAAAUGUAUUCGAUUACGGGGCAGCGCCACACUCGGGGCUCCAAAGAAUCACUACGUUUAUCGAGAGCCUUGUCUGCCGAUUUAUGUCUCGGAGUUAAAGCUUGCAUUUUCCCUGGCGAUGGCGAUACAGUUCGGAAGCGGAGUGUUUUGGGUAGGUUUUCUUCUGCGUUCACGUACACUGAUGUGUUGCGCUCUAACCUGUGCUUGCUAUUUCCUCAUUUCACAGAUGGUUUUACUUGUGAUGAGCAUCAAGCUGAUGGGCCAGAUCAAAAGGAAAGAGGAGUUCAUGGCUCUCCUCCAUUCAAACAGAUAUGUCCCCGGUGCCUUCUACACAUUAACGACGUACGCGACAUGUCCAUUCAGAGGAGACGGGGGAUUCUGUUUGGUUGCACAAUCGGUAGACACGGCAGUAAAUCCUUAGUGAAUUCUCGUCUUGAAUGUGAUUUUUUUUUUUUUUUUUUUGGCGAGGCCACUGCAGACGAGACAGGCGGUGGGGGAGUGUUUUUAGCAGAGGUCGUACUGUCCCACCUGAUGCCACUCAUGACAUCCAAGAAGCCUUUUUCCAAGCCAUCGUUCACUGCACGAGCUGCCUGCAGUUAAAAUCUUUUUUUCUUUUGUUUGACAAAAUGUGCUAUCAGAGGAGUUCAUCACACGAAACAGCAGGUCCGAUGUCUACCUGUGCACUUUAGCCAUUAAUGCCUAAAUUACAGUACAUGUUCUGUGUAGUAUGGGAUUUUCAUGUGUCAUGUGCAUUUUUUUUUUUUCCUAAUCUAUGGAAUGGAAGUGUCAUGUAAAAUUUUGUAAAUAUCAGGAAUAAACAACGCAAUUCUUGUA